AUGGACAGCCGACCUGCCCCACCCCACGGCGCUGCUGCGAACGACCGAGACGUCCCUGCGACACUUCCUCAGCAGUCGAAAUGGUCCGAUCACAGGCCAACUUCUCCAGCCGAAAUUUCAAUCUUGAACGAGGCUGAUUGCGCCCAAUACCUUGGCUAUGCAUUUCCGACCUGGAAGAAAUGGAAGAUUCUCAUCGUCAUCUUUCUGGUGCAAUGUUCAAUGAACUUCAACACAUCUCUCUACUCCAACGGGCUUACUGGCAUGAGCAAAGAGUUUGACAUUACCAUCCAGGCAGCCCGAACCGGAGCAGCCAUCUUUCUCGUCACGUACGCAUUUGGCUGCGAACUCUGGGCGCCCUGGUCCGAGGAGUUCGGACGCCGAUGGAUCCUUCAAACCUCCCUUGCACUCGUCAAUUUAUGUUCCCUUGUCGCCGCCCUUGCUCCCAACUUCCCCGUCCUUGUUGUCUUCCGAGCCCUCGGUGGCCUGUUUUCGGCUGGAGGUAGCAUUACCCUAGGCAUCGUUGCGGACAUGUACACGGCUGGAACACAACAAUAUGCGGUGGCCUUCGUUGUUCUGGCCUCAGUAGGCGGCUCAAUCUUUGGUCCAAUCAUUGGCGGUUUCGUCGAGAGCUAUAUGGCCUGGCGCUGGUGCAUGUGGCUUCAACUCAUUGCCGGCAUAUUUGUCCAGAUUCUCCACUUCUUUCUGGUAGACGAAACGAGAGCGACUAUCCUCAUGGUCAAGCGAGCCAAGAAACUGCGCAUGGCCAACGAAUUAGUCUAUGCACCAGACGAAUUCAGGUCUUGGAAAGAAAGAUUGGCACCUAAGGAACUAGUCACACUUUGGAUUCGACCCUUCAAGAUGUUCUUUACCGAACCAAUUGUCCUCGUUCUUUCUCUUCUCUCGGGAUUUAGUGACGCUCUCAUCUUCAUGGGAUUCCAGUCGUUUGGUCUUGUCUACAAACUCUGGGGAUUCGCGCCGUGGCAAAUUGGUCUGACAUUCGUGGCUAUUGGUCUUGGCUACCUGGUCGCCUACUUGUCUUACUUUCCUGCCAUCAACCGCAAUAUACACCAAAGAGAGCGGAGGCCAGACGACGAUUUCGCCAAUUACGAGGGUCGUAUGUGGUGGUUGAUGUACACGGCACCUUGCCUACCCAUCGGACUCAUCAUGUUUGCAUGGACCAGCAACCCUAGCCUGCCUUGGAUCCUGCCCGUCAUUGCAUCUGCCAUCAUUGGAGUCGCCAAUUAUUCAGUGUACAUGGGAACCAUUGACUACAUGGUCGCUGCCUACGGUGAAUUCUCGGCAUCGGCGACAGGCGGAAACGGAUUCGCCCGUGACUUCUUGGCCGGGAUACUGACCUGGGCCGCCAUACCUUACUAUGAUUCUUUCAAGAAUAUUUCAAGUCAGCCCUUGCAGUGGGCCAAUAGUGUUUUAGCUUUCAUAAGCUUGCUAUUGGUUGCAUCCACCAUGAUCAUCUACUUGAAGGGCCCUUCCCUGCGCAAGAGAUCUGCUUUUGCACAAAAGCUGGCCAAUAGCUCGUCUAAUGAUAUGGGCUCCUUGACUUCGAUCCCUUCCGUGGUCCCCGCAACACAUCGCAUGCAACUGUAA